AUGGCGAGCGCGCGUGGCUUGGACACGGAACCCUCGGUUUCCGCGGACACGAGCCCAACAGCCGGGCCCCCCUCUGUCCCGGCGUCGUACAACUCCCCCGCCACCGGUAUUGGCAAUGUCCAGUCAUCUCUCGCGCAGGCCGCACCUCCCGGGUCUACCGUCUACCCCCCAGCUGCUGAAGUCUCGGGCGCCUCGAAUCCCCGCAGCUGCGUCACCUGUCGAAGGAGAAAAGUCCGGUGCGACAAGGCAAUGCCAUGCGGCAACUGUCGCCGGGCCCAGAUCCAGUGCAUCUUCCCGGCCCCGGGACGCGCGCCGAGACGAAACCGGCCAAAAGAUCCGAACGCCUCGUCAAAACAACGAUCGACCGAGCGCGAGGUCGAAUUGAUUGGACGCCUCCGGAAGCUGGAGGGGAUUGUCGAGGAGUUGAGCGGACAGGUCCAGCUCGAGGCCGUCAGACACACAUCAAGCUCUGGAAACUCACCCGAGGCGUCUCUCGGGCGCGAGGUUGACACAAGCACGCCUUCGGCUGCUGGGCCGGCCGAGGGUUCUGCGAGUGAAGGCAGCCGCGGUCAGGGCUCCCCGGCUCUCGGCACUGCCGGAAGAGGAACCCCUGCCGCUGGCAGGUUGGUUUCGGGCUACAACACAAGUUCUGGACCGCUGGGGAGGGUGCCGGAUGUCAAUAAGAAGCUGGGACGGCUGGUGUUGAACGAGAAGGGCACCAGCAGAUAUGUCAGUAGCGGGUUUUGGUCUCGGAUUAAUGACGAGCUGGACGAGAUUCGGGCUGGGACCGAGACCUUUACAGACGAAGAGUCGGACGAGUCGGACAUGGACAGCUCGCCGGCCUCGGUAGGCCAAGAACGAAGCGCCACCGCUCACCAGUCAUUCAUCAUGGGAUACAGAUCUGCCGACGUUGAUCUAAGACCGUUCCACCCUCUACCGUCUCAAAUCCCGUUCAUGUGGCAGAUCUACCAAGAGAAUGUCGACCCGCUCGUCAAGAUCCUACACGUCCCGACUAUGGAUAAGCUGAUCCGGGAGAUUCGCAAGAGCCUCGAUAGCCUCACGCCUCCAACCGAGGCGCUGAUGUUCUCCAUCUACUACGCCGCCAUCACGUCGAUGGAUGCAGCAGAGGUGAAAUUGAACUUUAAUGCCGAGAGAGACACCCUGAUAGCGCAGUAUCGUUUCGCCGUUGAGCAGGCGUUGGCAAAGGCCAACUUCCUCGGCGACCCCGACCUCACACUCUGCCAGGCCUUCCUCCUCUUCCUCGUCAUUGUCCGCCGCCACGACGAUACCAGGUUUGCCUGGACGCUGACGGGCUUGAUCAUUCGCAUCUGCCAGGCCAUUGGACUUCACCGUGACGGCACAAACUUCCCCAACAUCUCCCCGUUCGAGGUCGAGAUGAGGCGACGCUUGUUCUGGGCUGUCUGCAUCCUGGAUCUCCGGUCUGCCGAAGACCAGGGGACCGACCUGACCAUAGUUGACCGGACCUUUGACACGCAGACGCCACUCAACAUCAACGAUACGGACAUCGACCCGAGCAGCAAGGAGCUGCCGCAGCCGCGGGAAGGGACCACGGAUAUGACCUUCUCGUUGAUUCGCUACGAGAUUUGCGCGCUUGCUAGAAGGCUACACGCCGCGACAUCAGCCAUGCCGACGGCAUGUCCUCGCGAUGCAUCCCAGAGUGUUGCGGAGCGCGAGGCUUUACUGCGCGAGGUGCAUGAACGCAUCCAGGACAGGUACCUGAGGAACGGCGCUUCCGAGGACAGUGCCAAGUACUGGGUGGCAGCCCACGUCGCGCGGCUUAUCGUGGCCAAGAUGACGCUGCUCAUCUACCAGCCCGUCCUGUUCCCCGGCCCCGGCAACGAGACCCUCUCGAGCGACCGCCGCCAGCGGCUUCUCACGGCCGCCAUCGAGGUGUUUGAGUACAACCACCUCCUCAAUACGGAUCCCAGAACGAAGCAGUGGCGCUGGCUUUUCCAGACAUACACGCAAUGGCAUGCCGUGGCCUACGUCCUCCUGGAGCUUACCCACACGCCUUGGAACUCGGUCAUGGAGCAGGCAUGGUGCGCCCUCACCAACUCCAUCUUUACGUCGCCGAAGCAGGCCGAGCUUGAGAAGAUGGCCGACAAUGCUGCCGUGUGGCUGCCGCUCAAGAAGCUCUACUACAAGGCGAAGCGGCAUCGGGAGGCCGAGCUGGCGAGAUUACGAUCCGACCCGGAAGCUGCCCGACAGCUGGACCUGGAAACCAGAGCCAGCGCCCCACCGCCGCCGCCUUUCUCCCCGCUGCCUGGGUCUAUUCUGGGCGCGGGAGCCCACGAGAGGUGGCGCAAGUUGGUUAAUGCACCCCCGCCACAGCCCCUCCAAGGGAGCGCGACUCGGUCGCAGCAGCCCGCCCCCCGGAGGAGCGAGUCGCAGUCGACAACCAUGUCGGGGCCGUCCGGGCCCGGCGGCACGCGGAACACGACCUCCCCCAGCGAUGACUUCCUGGACCAGCUCAUGGACACCGCCCUGAGAACCCCGUUUGAACCUUCCCAGUUUAUCCCGCUUGCCUGGUCAGUCGAGCCCCCCCUGGAUAUUGCCCGCGAUGCGAUCCUUGGCUUCUCCAACGGCGAUGUGCCCCGGGCCGACGACCAUGGGGCCCGGACCACUUCGAUGGGGCCCCUGAUCGACAGCGGGCCCGGCUACGCAUCAGCUGCCCCGGCCGGGGGGCAGCAGCAUCCGGCGGCUGGGGUGCAGCUCAGGGACGACAACCCGCCGCCGUGGAUGUGGUCGCCCGGACCGCUGCCGGUGGCGAACCAGCUCCCCGGCCCACCCGUGGACGACAUGGAUGUGAACAUGGAUGAGGGCUUCGACUGGCAGAAUUGGCAGGAGAGCAUUCAGCUGGAGAUGAGCGGCGGUGGAACGGGAGGGGUCUGGGGCCAGGGUAUCUGA